AUGUGUCCUAUCGACCGAAUCCUUCGUUUUUCACUAACUGGAACCCGUGAUGGUGGCCAUUCCAGUAUACAAAAUCCAUCAAUAACAUUCCACAAAUCAUCGAGUCCCAUUUACAUCAAAGUCCAAGUAAAUCAAACACCCCAACAUGCCAUAUCCGCGGUCACCAUCAUCCACCAACAAUUAUUGAAGAAGAUUCAUCAUAAGAAAUUUAUUUACAAACGUAAAAUCCAUGCAUCGACCAGUUGCACAUCUGUUAAUAUUAUCGGCGAAAUUCAUCUUGAGAUCAAAAUACAGGGACACCAAACAUGGAUAAUCGCCGAUGUUGCGACAAAUCUAGUUACAGAUUUAUUACUUGGAACUGAUUGGAUAACACAAAACAGCGUUAUCAUUGAUUCUCCACAACAACGUAUUAUUCUAGUCAACAAAUGUCAUCAAGUAAUAGCCUAUACACCGUUCGUUGAACCUCCCGAUAUUCGUUUUCCCGUAUUUUUAAUUGAUCAAAUUACCUUUCCACCAUACUCCGAACAAUGUAUUGAUGUAGCAGUCCCUAUAACCACAAAAGAUGCAUUCCCAAUUCCUCGAAUUGAUGAUAUUUUCGAUCAUUUAGCACAAGCUGAAUAUUAUACCACGAUUGACUUCAAGUCGGGUUAUUUUCAAGCUGGACUUGAUCCGAAAGAUCGUCCAAAAACAGCAUUCUCCACCCGAGAUCAAUAUCUUCAGUUCACCGUAUUACCUCAAGGCGUUACAAAUGGACCGCCAGCAUUCCAGCGAAUAGUUAGUCAAAUACUAGGACCAACACGUUGGCAAUAUUCCUUAGCAUAUCUAGACGAUGUGAUUAUAUACUCACAAACAUUCGAAUAG